UGAAACUUGAGUAGUUGGGUGUUGUUUUAUAAAAUUAAAAAGAUUGAUAGAAAAUAUUUUGAUUUUAUAAAUUUAUUAAGGUAAAAAUAAUGUCUUAAUGUUGUGUGUUUUGUAUGUGAAAAUUUAGUGAAAAAUAAUGGCAUCGUUGUCAUUACCGCGUGUGUUACAACAACGAAAAACUAGUUUAGAAAUUGAACGGGAAAAUUUUGAAAAAUUUCAGGCGACCAGUCUGAGUAAAGCUAUAAAUCAAUUGGAGACGCCUGUUAAAGAGAAACAUGUUCGGCAAGCAAUUAUUGGUACAUUCCAAGAGAAAGGUGCACAAACAUUUUGGAUGGUUACAUUACGUUUACCUUUACAAGAUAAUCGUAUUGUUGCAUGGAAAUUUUGUCAUGUAGUACACAAAGUUUUGCGUGAGGGUCAUGCAAAUUGUUUACCACAAUCACAACGAUUUCGUGGCAAAAUUGAUGAUUUAGGAAAAUUAUGGGUUCAUCUUAGGGAAGGAUAUGGGAAAUUAAUUAAUUUAUAUUGUUCACUAUUAAAAACGAAAUUAGACUUUCAUCGAAGAAAUCCUAGAUUUCCUGGUAAUUUAGUUGUUACGAAACAAGAAUUAGAAGCUAUAGGUGAAAAUGAUAUUAAUGUUUACUUUCAUUUAUCUGUGGAAAUGUUCGAUUAUAUGGAUGAUGUUUUGGCGUUACAAUCUGCAAUAUUUGGUUCAUUGGACAUGUCACGAUCGAAUUCAAUGACCAGUUGUGGACAAUGCCGUGUGGCGCCAUUAAUACCAUGCAUACAGGAUGCAGCACAAUUAUAUGAUUAUUCAGUAAAAAUAUUAUUUAAAUUACAUUCAGCAUUACCACCAGAUACAUUAGAUGGGCAUCGUAAACGUUUUCUAAAACAAUUCCGAGAUUUAAAACAAUUUUAUCAAAAUUCAAAUACGUUACAAUAUUUCAGAAAUUUAAUUUCAAUACCAAGUUUACCUGAGAAUCCACCAAAUUUUUUGAUACAAGCCGAGCUACGCACAUACGUUACACCAGUUGUAAUAUUACCACCAGAACCAGAACCUGAACCCGAUCCAGUUGUUGAAGGUAGUUUAAUUGAUACAUCUGAUUCCGUUGAUCUAGAUACAGCGAGUCGAAAUGGAUCAGUUUCACCCGUUGGUAGCUCACAUUUUAUUGAAGUAGUGGCGGAACGUGAUGCACUUAUUGCACAUUUACAACAAGAAAUUGGAAGAUUAAGGCAAGAAAUGCAAGGCAUUAUUAUUGAACAUAAAAAAAAUUUAAGUGCAUUACAAGAGCGCAUCACAUUGUUAGAAACUGAAUUAGCAACGCGUGAAAGUGAGCUAACACAAGAACGACAAUUAAAAGAGGAUUUAUUCCAACAAGCUUCAGCGGCUGUACAAAAUCAAGAUACUGAACAAAAAACUAAAGAAGAGAAAUUUAAUAAACUCAAAGAUGUCUAUACAAAGUUACGUGAAGAACAUAUUCAGUUAAUUCGACAGAAAGCCGAAGUAGAUAAAAAAUUAUUUGGAUGUAAGAAAAUAGUUGAAGAAUUAGAAACAAAAAGAACUCAAUUAGAAGCACAAGUGAUUGAGUUAAAAUCUGAAAAGAAUAAAGAAUUAGAAAAUGUACAACAGUCGGUUAAACAGCAAGUCGAAGAACUUGAAGUACUACAAGCACAACAUGAUUAUUUAAAAUCCGAGAACAAAAAUCUUACAGCGAAAGUUGAUUGGGUGGUCAAAGAAAAAGAAAAUAUUGAAUACCAGUUGAAAGAAUUACUUGAACAAAAAGAAAACUUGGAUGUUCGAUUGAAGUCUGUUAAUGAACAUUUUGUGGAAUUGGAUCAAAGUUUAGAAAAAGAACGUAAAUCACAUGAAGAACAAAUGAAAAAUAUAUUAGACAAAGUCAUAUUAGAAUCAGAAAAUUUAGUAAAUCAUGCAGUACAUGAAGUAGAUAAUCCAGCACUAUCAGGAGCUACCUGUGGUCCAGAUUAUUUUAAAAGUCUUGUACCUGGUGCAUCAGAUGCUUUAAAUGAAUUAAAAAAUUUACAAAAUAUCAAAGAAAAUCAUGAUGAUUUAGUUCGCAUUACAAUACAGAUUGGACAUAGAUUAUCGAAUUUAUUAUUACAAGGAAAAGCUACGUCAAAUACAUCGAGGAAUAUCUUAUUCGGCGAACAAAUGGCAGAUGAAUGUAAGCGACUUGGUGCAAGUGUCGCAACUUUGUUACAAGUAUUAAGAAGUGGUACAAACAUCGAAGCUGCAGUAUCUGAUGCGUUAACACAUUUAGAUGCUCUUAAUAAUUUAGUUGAUCAAUUAAGUGGACAACUAAAAGGUGAUUCAGCUGAUAUUAUUGCCGAUUUGGUUGAUGAUGAACUCACACAAAUGGACAAAGCUAUUGAAGAAGCAGCUAAACGAAUUGAAGAUAUGUUAAAUAAAUCAAGAGCAGCGGAUUCUGGUUUGAAAUUGGAGGUAAAUGAAAAAAUAUUGGAUUCAUGUACGACAUUAAUGCAAGCAAUCCGUAUUUUAGUACAAAAAUCGAAAUUAUUACAAGGUGAAAUUGUUGCACAAGGAAAGGGCACAGCUUCAGCAAAAGAAUUUUAUAAACGAAAUCAUAGAUGGACUGAAGGUUUAAUAUCAGCUGCAAAGGCUGUUGGAUCUGGAGCUAAAUUUUUACUAAUUGCAGCGGAUCAAGUUGUUAGUGGUCAAGGUAAAUUCGAACAAAUUGUUGUUGGAGCACAAGAAAUAGCAGCAUCUACUGCACAACUUGUGGUCGCCAGUCGUGUUAAAGCCGAACGUGGAAGUAAAAAUUUGGCUGGAUUAUCGGAAGCGUCAAGAGCAGUUACAUCAGCAACAGGUGGUGUUGUUGCUACUUCAAAAGCAUGUAGUCAACUUGUUGAAGAAAACGAGGAACUAGAUACAACUGGAGUAUCAUUGCAUGCUGCGAAACGUUUAGAAAUGGAAGCACAAGUACGAGUGUUAGAGUUAGAACAAAGUUUACAAAGAGAACGUUUACGAUUAUCAUCACUUCGUCGACAUCAUUAUCAAUUAGCUGGAGAACAAGAAGGAUGGGACAUAAUCGAAAAAGAAAACUAAACACAAUUCAUCAUUGAAUCAUUAUUAUUAAAGCAGUUUUGUGCUGUUUGUUGUGGAUCAUAAUAUUUAGUUCGUUUUAUCAUCCAAAUAACUCAUGAAUUUUUUUUCUCUCAAAUAUUGUGUGUAUGUUG